AUGCGUGGUCCAAAGACCAAAAUCGGGCCUCUUGGUGGCAACGUUUGUCCGGGGUCAUGUGCAUGGAUUACACUCGUUACGGACUACUUGCGUACUGUUCCGCUCUUGCCUGAUAACCGAGUACGCUUUUUCCUCUGCCCUCCAUUUGACACCGGAAUCACUCGUUUGGACUAUGGCACAUACGAGCAUCAUAACAAAAAAAAAAAUGGCAGUGAAACACAUUCUCGAGCGAUGAAUCCAAUCUGCUUCCUCCAUCGCAUGUCCUCAGUGCAAUUGAAUACGCCUGAGGUUCUCUUCGAUAUUGACUCGUACAUUUAUGUACCAAGUACCUUGUCAAUUCCCUUUCACAAGACCAACUUCGAUAUUUACUAUCGACCCAACUACAAUUACACGAUCAAGAAGGACUUGGGUAUUAAUUAUCACUAUGAUGACACAAGGCUUGGCUCGGGAAAAGUAAGCCAAUGCCCAAAUGUCUUGUUGGCCAAAGCUGGGGACAAUUUCGUCAACAUCUUCUUUCCAGCUUUGUGCCAGCAUUACGGCAAAAGUGGUUUCUCGGUUAAGCUUGAGCAUCAGUGUAUGUUCGUUGACAAUGUUCUGAUACCUGCUGUCCAAGCUGUCAUGGACAUAGACUGUCUAGCAGCGCCAUUAGACUUCAAGAGUGCUGCCACCAGUGGUAUUGGUCAUGCAGCCUUUAAACUGGUCACUGUCGAUCUUAACCAGGUCCUGACCGUUAUGAAGCGUCUUUGUUGAAAACGUUUAGUUCGAAAAUAAGUUUUUAUACUGAUUAAUAAAAGAGACAAAGUAAUUUUUUAAAUAAC